CAUUAGCGGAGGCAGUGGCUCUGCCUCACCAGUUGCAUUCAGGAAGCUUUUCUGGUCAGGACCUGCUGAGUCUGUCACUUUGCAGUCAUGGACAACAAGACCUGCUGCGUCUUCCGAGACAAGUUCAUCGCCCAAGUGCUGCCCCCCGUGCUGUGCCUGGAGUUUGUGUUCGGAGCCCUCGGCAAUGGACUGGCUCUGUGGGCCUUCUGCUUCUACCUGAAAUCCUGGAAAUCGAGUCGGAUCUUUCUGUUCAACCUGGCGGUCGCCGAUUUCCUCCUGAUCAUCUGUCUCCCAUUCUUGACCGACAACUACGUGAGGAAGUGGGACUGGAAAUUUGGGGACAUCCCCUGUCGCCUGAUGCUCUUCAUGCUGGCUAUGAACAGGCAAGGCAGCAUCAUCUUCCUCACGGUCGUGGCCGUGGACCGGUACUUCCGGGUGGUCCACCCUCACCACCCUCUGAACAAGAUAUCGACCCGAACUGCCGCCGUCAUCACUGGCCUCCUGUGGGGCGUGACCAUUGGGCUCACCUCGCACCUCCUGUUCACUUCCCACCUGGAGCAUCGGGGCAACUCGCGCUUCUGCAGCAGCUUCGCCAUCUGCUCCACUUUCCGCUGGCACGAUGCCAUGUUCCUCUUGGAGUUCUUCCUGCCCCUGGGCAUCAUCUUGUUCUGUUCGAGCAGCAUCGUCUGGAGCCUGCGGCAAAGGCAGCUGGACAAGCAGGCCAAGAUCAAGCGGGCCAUCCGGUUCAUCACGGUGGUGGCCAUCGUGUUCGUGAUCUGCUUCAUGCCCAGCGUCGCCGUGCGGAUCCGUAUCUUCUGGCUCCUCCGUUCCCGGGGCAUUCACAACUGUGAGGUCUUUCGCUCGGCCGACCUGGCCUUCUACAUCACCCUCAGCUUCACCUACAUGAACAGCAUGCUGGAUCCUCUGGUGUACUACUUCUCCAGCCCCUCCUUCCCCAACCUCUUCACCAAGCUGAUCACCUGCCGUCUCAAGCCACAGCCAAAGGGAGAGUCCGACAACAACCGUAGCACGAGUGCGGAGCCCAUGGGGGACUUGGUCCUGAGCCCUCCUUCCAUUAGCAAUGGGCUGCGGAGCCUUCCGGAUGUAUUACUCACGAACCCAGAGAGGACUUGGAGCACUUCUCCUGUGCCGCCCACCUCCCCUUGAUGCAGCUAGCCUCCAACAGAGGAGGAGGCUAGGAGAACCGAGGUCUUCAGGUGGCCCAGAGCAGCCCCCCAGGGCCGGGGUGUGGGGGUGUGGGGGACGAUUUGGUUUGAAGUCGCUUGAUGUCUUCAGAUCCAAGGAACUGGAAUACCACCAACGGUACAGGGAGUUGCUGCCCGAGCUGACAGCUCCUCUGAGUUUCCCGAGACCCUGGAUUUCUCCGUCUUCCGGAUGGUAGAUCUUUCCGAUGCGUUGGUAGAGUGAGCAGAAAUGUUUGCUGCUGCAGCCUGAGAGAGCCAGGUCAAGUCUGAAUGAAAGGCCUCCCAGCCGGCCGUCUCCGUCCUUCACCCGGAGGGUCCCCGCUCCAGGGAUGGCUUUUGAGCGGAUCCUGCUCUCCGGGUGGUACCCAUUGAACCAAGAGACUGGACGGUAGCUUCCCUGCUCAUCUUUCGCCAGAAGACGUGAGGAUUUUGGAAAACCAGCAUUUCUGCAGGAUGCGUGAGCUGGAAGACAAAGAUCACCCAAGAUUCUGGUGGGUUCUAAUAGAGGGCUCUUGAGCCUUGGCUAAUCCUUCUAUUUCAUAUGGGGAAAUGAAGGAAAGUAGCACAAGAUGAUAUGUUAGCCAACUAGAAAGAGCUGAAUUAUCAGCAAUAUUGAAUGGCAUUCGAAUCAUUCUUGUUGAUAAUCCAUCUUUGACUUGUUUAAACUUGAGAACCUGCAGACUUUUCUCUGAAGAAAUCUCUGCUUUCCUUCUCCAUUUGCUUUUAUUAUGGAAACAGAAAUAAAAGCCGGACCAUAAGUUUUUCAAAUUGCUUCUCAAGUCUAAGAGGUGACUUGGGUGUGGGGGGGCAUUAUUUAUUCACUAUUUUUGUUUACCUGUAUAUUUUCUGAAUUUUUCAUUUCAAUAAACCUGGUUAUUAGAGAUA